GAGGUUAAUAAUGUUUUAAGCAAAGGUCAAGGGGGUUGUACUCCAGUAAAGUAGCGGUAAUGCAACAUCUAGUGGAUGCCAAACGCCGUAAAACCUCAUCGAAGAAGAAAAAGAAGCGUUUGAAAUUGAUCUGAGCUCCCAAUUCGUCAUUUGGCUAGUACUGUCUGGAUCAGGGAUUGAUUAAUUUUGUCUGACGCAAGCAGGGGACUCGAGAAAUGUUUCAAACUCGAUUCGAUUGUCGCGAUUUUCUACAGUAAAACAAACGUCAGUCGGUCGAUAAGCUACAGAAAAGUAAAUAUGUCGCGGUUAUUUUACUCGCCAUUCAAUCGUUUUUGUGUCAAGUGUAAAGAUUGUCCUGCAGUGACCGCGCGCUGCUAUUCCUCUUUGUUGACUUCAAUUCGGUGCCCCCAGCUGUCAAAACAACAGACCUUUGUCGUGUUACAACAGCAGCAGAGAGAAUUUUUCGGACCUUCACGCCUAACUUCUCGGUUUUACUCAAGGUCAAAGUUUUGGAUUGGGGGAAUAGGUGCGGGCAUUGUUUUAGCUUUGGGAUUGAAAUAUCACACUGACAUAGCUGAGCUCUCAUGUGAAGAGGACUUCCAACAUACUGGAAGAUAUGGUUCUGCCAUUCAAGUUAGCAGAGACCUUGUUCAGCGGAUAAAGGUACAGGAUGAGGUUGGGGCUCCAGGGCUGGUGGUCGGUGUGUCUGUGGAUGGCUCUCAAGUCUGGUGCGAAGGACUUGGCUAUGCUGACUUAGAGAACCGUGUGCUCUGUGGACCAGAGACAGUGCUGAGGAUCGCCAGCAUCAGUAAACCCCUAACUACUGCAGCAGCAGCCCGCCUGUGGGAGGAGGGGAAGCUUGACCUUGAUGCCCCUGUCCAGAAAUACGUCCCUGAGUUCCCCCAAAAACAGUUUGAGGGAGAAGAUGUGACAAUAACUCCACGGUUGAUUCUCUCUCAUCUGAGUGGCAUACGGCACUACGAGAAGGAUGCCAAGAAAGUGAGGGAGGACAGGGAGAAGGCCAAACGACCUUUAAAACUGCCUGGUGAAGAGGAAAAGAGCUUGUCUGAAAACAAACCCAAGACCGAGGACAGCAGCACCAAGAGCAAGGAAAACAAACAGGCUCAGAAGAAAGAGUUUGAGCAAGAAGAGUACUACCUGAAAGACAGCUUUGAAAGUGUCAUUCAUGCCUUGGACCUGUUCAAAGACGACACUCUCGUUUUCAAACCUGGUACCACCUUCCUGUACUCAACCCACGCCUUCACCCUCCUCAGUGCCGUGGUGGAGAGAGCUGCUGGCCAGCACUUCCUGGAUCACAUGAUGAAGAUGUUCAGGGAACUGGGCAUGCUCAACACUGUGCCAGAUGAGAAUGACCCCAUUAUCUAUAACCGCUCAAGGUUUUAUCAUUUCAAUAAGAAAGGACGCAUAGUAAACUGCCCUUACGUGGAUAACUCUUAUAAAUGGGCAGGAGGUGGCUUUCUCUCCACUGUGGGAGACCUGCUCCUGUUUGGGAAUGCUCUGCUCUUCAGCUACCAAGUGGCCAACCUGAAGGACUGCACAGACCUCCUGCCUGGCUUCCUCAAACCAGAGACAGCCCAGGCUCUGUGGGCCCCUGUGGACAAGACGGAGGCCUCCUGGGAUAAGGAUGGGCUGUAUGCACAGGGCUGGCUGGUGGUGGAGAAGGAGCAGAAGUAUGGUCAGUGCAGGAGGCGCAGGCAUUAUGUCUCACACACAGGGGGCGCGGUGGGGGCCAGCAGUGUCCUGCUGGUUUUGCCCCGCAAGACAGUCCAGCAUCCUGAAGGACUGACUACAGCCCUACCUCAGGGAAUAGUGGUGACCAUCAUCACUAACAUGCAGUCUGUGGGACUCAACAGCACAGCACUGAAAAUCGCCCACGAGUUUGACAAAGCCAGAGGCUAAUAAGAGUUCAUAUUCUUUACAAAUAUAGAGGGUUAAAACUACCACAUAGUGUCAAGGCACUACAAUAUCUUUACUAAUGGCAGUGGAUGAAUGAUUUAUCAACAGCACUGUUUUGUAUAUUUGAAUUUGAUACGGCUUUUUAUACAUUUCAGCCCGUUUUGUUGAGUAAUGAAAGACCAUGUUCGACAUGGGUGUGCAUUGAAUAUUAAGUCAUUAGUUUGGUAGUGUUGUUAAUCUUGAUGCAGAUAAGUGACAACCAUUCUCACCUUUGCUGAACUGAGCCUUCUAAUCUCGCCACUAGGUGGCAGCAGUGUACUGCUUUGCUAUAAAGAGGAACCAGUGACUUCUGAAAUCACACUGUUCAAUACUGAUAAGUAUACUUCAGCAAACCAAUUGUAGGUCAUAUUGCGGGGGAAGAGCAUGAUGGUAUUGAGAGACCUGAAACUACCCACAUAGUCAGCAGUUUUCAUUAGGUCUUAAGUGUAAUGUCUGUUCAAAUGUUUGGGUCCUCUCUUGAAUCGAAAUGAAAUUCACCCCAACACUGGUUUGCCUCUACUAUCCAUCCCAUUAGAAACACCUCAGGGGCAGAGUGGUGAAUUGAUGUUGUCUUAAUUGGCCAUGAAUAGAUGACAUGACUUCUGGUAGUUCAUUUAAAGAUGUGGGACUCGGCACCAUCUGUUGGUUGGCUUUCAAAUGUACAUCUGAAAUGGAACUGGUAAUGU